AUGGCGUCAAAACUCUUCCCCGUUUCGCGGGUCGGCCGCCUGUUUCGCCAGUCCCCCUUCGUCCAAUAUAGAUCCUUCUCCGUCGCCCCGCAACGAUGCAGCGACUCCCUCCCCGUGGUGAGUAUCUCCAUCCUUAGGGCCUCUCAGGCUGUUGGCCCGGCGCGCUCCCACCGGAACUCCUCUCACAACAAUGUCAACAUUCCUUUCAAGUUCACCGACUCUAACCUCAAGGUCAUUGAUGAGAUCCUCAAGCGCUACCCGUCGCAGUACAAGAAGGCUGCUGUCAUGCCCUUGCUGGACCUCGGCCAGCGCCAGCACGGCUUCACCAGCAUCAGUGUUAUGAACGAGGUUGCCCGCAUGCUUGAGAUGCCCCCAAUGCGUGUCUACGAGGUUGCGACCUUCUAUACCAUGUACAAUCGCGAGCCAGUCGGCAAGUACUUUGUCCAGAUUUGCACUACCACCCCCUGCCAGCUUGGCGGCUGCGGUAGCACUGCUAUUGUUGAUGCUAUCACUGAACACCUCGGUGUCACCCCCGGCCACACCACCGAAGACGGUCUUUUCACCGUUCUCGAGGUCGAGUGCCUGGGUGCUUGCGUUAACGCCCCCAUGGUCCAGAUCAACGACGACUACUACGAGGACCUGACCCCCGAGUCGAUUAAAUCCCUCCUCACUGCAUUUAAGGCUGCUGCCACAUCCACUGAUGCUAAGAUCCCUACUCCUGGCCCAUUGAGCGGUCGCAACACCUGCGAGAACAGCGCCGGGUUGACCAGCCUUCAAGAACCUCCUGUCUGGAACCCGGAAACCAUGAUGCGCAAGGAUGGAGCUCUGGAUGCCCAGUCAUAA